AUGGAAUUCGCUGUCAGCGCGGCAAGUUGGGUGCUGGGCAAGGCCUUAGGCCCCGUCACAGAUGGCUUGCUUGAGGCGUGGGCGGCCAGUGCCGGGCUCGGCCCCAACAUCGACGCCCUCAAGAUGGAGCUCCUCUACGCGCAGGGCAUGCUCGACAACGCGCAGGGGCGGGAGAUCCGGAGCCCUGCGCUCAAGGAGAUGCUACUCAAGCUGCAGCAGCUGGCCUACAGCGCCGACGACGUGCUCGACGAGCUCGAGUACUUCCGCAUCCAGGACCAGCUCGACCGCACCCACCAUGCUGCCGACGUGCACGAUGGGGGAUGCGUGCCCGGUCUCUUCCUCAAUGCACGCCACACUGCCAGAGCUGACAUGUUGCUAGGCAGCUGA